AUGACUAUUGAAUCGUGCAAGAAACAGAAGCCAGAUCAUUCGGUGGAGAAUUGCGCCUUCGUGACAUGCCUUCUGUUCGUAAUCUCAAUGAUUUGCCUGGGAGGUGCUGGAAUUAUGUUGUUGAAGAAUGAUUAUCAAUGUCAUCGGGAGAUUCAGAAAGCUAUAGAAUCAACUGGUUGCCCAACGAUGUCCCAGACCGAAGCCGAGAACAAUGCUUUUGCAGCCAGAAAGAGAGAUGUUAUGCUACUUGCCCAGCAUGACAGAGCCCUGAUGGACAAGAUGUACAAAAUCGGACUAACUACCCCAGUUUUCGAGAUGAAGGAGGGCAAAACGAUUCAAACAAUCUUGUUCAAGCCGGAUAUCGUAAACUUUGUAGGCGUCGAUGGGCUUCUUCAGUGGUCUGGAAACAACAGAACAUUGGCAAACUUCUUCUAUUUUGCUCGCCCUAACACCACAAUCAAUAUGAUGGUUCCGGAGAAAGUUGACUUCGUGUUGGACGGCGUCGACCCCGGCAAUUUCAUGAUCGGAGAAUGCGCCUAUAACAACAUAUCCUGCCACACGACCGAAUUGUCCUUCGUUGGAAACGACUUGCAAAUUGUGGAGACGUUCCAAUCAACAUUCGUCGAAUUAUCAAUCGGUCGUCUUUUCUACGUUCCUGUCGAUGAUAUGAUAAUUGCUCGUACACACCAUUAA